AUGCUUGUGGCGAAUGGUCUCAAGUCUGCGGUGUGUGGCCAGCUGGAGACCAACCACCAACUUCUGCUCUUCCUGGUGUUGGCUGUGCAAUGGGGCGAGAGGUGUGAACCCAAAGCCAACGUGUACUGGUCUCUACAGGGGGAGCACCAGCGCAGACUGUACAAGGAGCUGAUGGCCAACUACAACCGCCUGGAGAGACCAGUGAUCAAUGACUCCUCUCCUCUUCUAGUGGAGCUGGGAAUGACUCUGCUGCAGAUCAUAGACGUGGACGAGAAGAACCAGGUUCUGAUGACCAACGCAUGGCUACAGCUGUACUGGACUGAUGUGUACCUGAGUUGGAAUCCAGAGAACUACCCUGGGGUUCAGAACCUACGUUUCCCCUCCAGCCAGAUCUGGACCCCUGACAUCCUCCUCUACAACAGCGCUGAUGAGAGAUUUGAUGCCACCUUCCACACCAACGUGCUGGUCAAUGCGUCGGGUUACUGCCAGUACAUCCCCCCGGGCAUCCUGAAGAGUACCUGCUAUAUUGACGUGCGCUGGUUCCCCUUCGACGUCCAGAAGUGUGACCUGAAGUUUGGCUCGUGGACCCACAACGGCUGGCUGCUGGACCUGCAGAUGCUGGACGUGGACACGUCUACCUACAUACCCAAUGGAGAGUGGGACCUCGUGGGAGUCCCUGCCAAGCGUAAUGAGCUGUACUAUGACUGCUGUAAGGAGCCCUACCCUGACGUCACCUUCACCGUCACCAUGCGAAGACGAACCCUCUAUUACGGUCUCAACCUGCUCAUCCCCUGUGUCCUCAUCUCUGGCCUGGCCCUGCUGGUCUUUCUGCUGCCCGCUGACUCCGGAGAGAAGAUCUCCCUGGGUAUCACGGUCUUGCUCUCUCUAACAGUCUUCAUGCUACUGGUUGCUGAGAUCAUGCCCGCCACCUCAGACUCUGUGCCUCUCAUCGCUCAGUACUUUGCCAGUACAAUGAUGAUAGUGGGUCUGUCUGUGGUGGUGACUGUUCUGGUCCUGCAGUUCCAUCACCACGACCCACAGGGCGGCAAGAUGCCCAGAUGGGUCAGAGUGGUGCUGUUGAACUGGUGUGCCUGGUUUCUGCGAAUGAAACAGCCAGGUGAGGAGCGCAAACCCGCUGGCUACCAGUACGGCCACCCUCCCCAGCAACAUUCCAGCGCCAGCUCCAUCGAGAUGGGACCUAUGGGCACCGCCCCCUGCCCCACUGGCACUUCCAACGGCAGCAUGAGCCUCUACUUCAGCUACAACGCUGUGGAGAGCCCCCGCUGUCCCACCUCCAGCGACUCCGGCGUGGCGUCGGGGGGACUGGCCCAAGGGACCCCCUGCGAGGAGGCUGAGCCCCCAGGGGGAGGUGCUGGAAGAGGGAGAGGUGGAGGGGGGUUGAUCUUUACUCCUCCGGAAGUCUUUCAGAUCCUGGAGGAGGUGUCGUAUAUCGCCCAGCGCUUUAGGGACCAAGAUGAGGAAGUGGCGAUCUGCAGCGAGUGGAAGUUUGCUGCUGCCGUGGUGGACAGGCUGUGUCUGGUGGCCUUCACUCUGUUCUCCAUCAUCGGCACCUUCACCAUCCUCAUGUCUGCUCCCAACUUCUUGGAGGCCGUCACCAAGGACUAUCUAAAGAAAUAG